UGAAGAGGACACUGUUGUUGGCGUGAUAUCUCACAUUUACACUCUUAUUUACACUGCCGGCGAUGAAAUUUCAGAUUUAAGCGUUGGAAAUAAAUCGUCCAGGAUGACGGUGGAUUUUGAAGACUGCAUCAAAGAUUCGCCCCGCUUUCGGGCAAAUAUCGAUGAGGUGGAGACGGAGGUGGUGGAGAUUGAAGCCAAGCUUGAUAAGCUGGUGAAGCUUUGUGGUGGGAUGAUUGAAGCUGGGAAAGCGUAUGUCACUGCCAACAAGCUCUUUAUCAACGGCAUCCGUGACCUGUCCCAGCACUGCAAGAAGGACCAGAUGAUAUCGGAUUGUCUGGAAAAGUGUGGCGAGGGUUUGCAGGAGAUUGUCAACUAUCACAUGAUACUGUUUGAUCAAGCACAGAGAUCGGUCAAGCAGCAGCUGCACAACUUUGUGAAAGAAGACGUGCGUAAAUUCAAGGACACAAAGAAGCAGUUUGAUAAGGUGCGUGAGGAUCUGGAGAUCGCGCAGGUGAAAAACGCACAGGCUCCUCGAAACAAACCGCACGAGGUAGAGGAAGCCACCAGCACACUCAACUUCACCCGCAAGUGCUUCAGACACCUCGCUCUCGACUAUGUGCUGCAGAUCAAUGUCCUUCAAGCCAAAAAGAAGUUUGAGAUCUUGGAUGCGAUGUUGUCCUUCAUGCAUGCGCAGUAUUCGCUCUAUCAACAGGGCUAUAACCUCCUGGAUGAGAUUGACCCAUACAUGAAGAAUCUGGCUGCUGAGCUGGAUCAGCUGGUGAUUGAUUCAGCCAUGGAGAAGAGAGAAAUGGAGCACAAACACGCCACCAUCCAGCAGCGGACGCUGUUACAGGACUUUGCGUAUGAUGAUCCAAAGUUGGAGUACAAUGUAGAUGCGCCGAAUGGGCUGGUGAUGGAGGGUUACCUGUUUAAAAGGGCCAGUAACGCCUUCAAAACGUGGAAUAGGCGGUGGUUCUCCAUCCAAAACAGCCAGUUAGUUUAUCAGAAGAAACUAAAGGACUCUCUGACUGUCGUUGUGGAGGAUUUGAGACUGUGUUCGGUCAAACCGUGUGAAGACAUCGAGAGGAGGUUCUGUUUUGAAGUCGUGUCGCCCACCAAGAGCUGUAUGCUGCAGGCAGAGUCGGAGAAACUUCGGCAGGCCUGGAUUCAAGCUGUUCAAGCCAGCAUUGCCUCAGCAUACAGAGAGAGUCCUGACAAUUACUAUAUUGAGCGUCUGGACCGGACGGCGUCUCCCUCCAUCAGCAGUAUAGACUCUGCAAGUGAGUCCCGCGAGCGCAGCAUCAGAGGAGAGAAUAUCCUGCAGAGGAUCCUCAGUCUGCCAGGGAAUCAGCAGUGCUGUGACUGUGCUCAGACGGAGCCGCGCUGGGCCAGCAUUAACCUGGGCGUCCUGCUCUGCAUCGAGUGCUCCGGCAUUCACAGGAGUUUGGGAGUUCACUGUUCAAAAGUGCGUUCACUGACUCUGGACUCAUGGGAACCGGAGUUACUGAAGCUGAUGUGUGAGCUGGGAAACAGUAUCAUCAACCACAUCUAUGAAGGCAGCUGUGAAGAGCAGGGCCUAAAGAAACCAGCACCCAACAGCUCCAGGCAAGAAAAGGAGGCCUGGAUUAAGGCGAAGUAUGUGGAGAAAAAGUUCCUGAAGAAGAUGAUGACGGGUGAAGUUGUGGUGAACGGCGGGAGGAAAUCUGAGCGCCGCUGGAACUCCAGGAAGUGCAGGAGGCACAACAGUGCCACCACCGUCCCCAAAACACACCGCAAAUACAGGCAGGAUCCAGGCAGCGCGUCUCCUGCAACCCUGGCCUCAGCAACUGCUGCUCUGGAGAGGAAGUUCAGGCGAGAAUCACUCUUCUGCCCGGAUGAGUUGGACAACCUCUUUUCCUAUUUCGACACUGGUUCAGGGCCUCGCAGUCCUACAGGUCUGAGCAGUGACAGUGGGUUAGGAGGCAGCACUGACGGCAGCACUGACGUCUUGGUGUUCGAGUCUGUGGUGGACAGCGUCACAGAGGAGGAGUGUGAGGUGUCUGAGGACUCUAGUAAUGAAGCUGAACUGGAGCCAGAAGCAUCAGAUCCUGAGGAUUUGAGAGAGCUGGAUGCUGGAGCGUUACUCUACAAGGCUUGUCAGGCACGCAAUUUGCCUGUUAUGGCUGAAGCUCUGGCCCACGGAGCUGACGUCAACUCUGUCAAUGAAGAGGACGAGGGGAAAAGCCCACUUAUUCAGGCUGUGAUUGGGGGUUCUUUAAUAGCCUGCGAGUUUCUUCUGCAAAAUAGUGCUGAUGUGAACCAGAGAGAUCACAGGGGAAGAGGCCCGCUGCAUCACGCUACUUAUUUAGGACACACUGGGCAAGUGUGUUUGUUUCUGAAACGAGGAGCGACUCAGAAUGACGGGGAUGAGGAUGGACAGGACCCGUUAAGCAUAGCGGUUCAAGCGGCUAACGCUGAUAUAGUUACUCUGUUACGUCUGGCACGUAUGAAUGAGGAGAUGCGCGAGUCGGAGGGCCCGUUCGGUCAGCCAGGUGACACCACAUACCUGGAUAUUUUCCGAGAGUUUUCCCACAUGGCAUCCCACAAUCCUGAGAAGCUGAAACGGAGAAGUGUUCACUUCCGCCACUCCUUCAGAGUGUGAACAAGCCAUCGAUUUUGGACACCAAUCCAGCUGGAGCAGAAAACACUUUGACUGGCUGUUAUUGGAAACUGUAAUGGACUUUAUUCAGUAAAUUGUGGUGAUGUUUUGUGUAUUUUAAUGAUAUUUUUAUAGCUUUAUAAGGGUGAGCUGGACUUAACCCCGCAGUGUUUAGCCUGUUUUUUUUAUUUGCGUUCUGCUUUAGUUAGACAGCAAAAGCACAUUCACACCAACAACGAUGACUAUAAAGAUACUGUAUAAAGAUUACUUUAUGCACAAUAAUGCACAAAUAUAUUCUGUUUACAUUAUGCUAACUUUUUUCAGGAUGGAUUCUUCUGAUUGGCUUAUUUCAUUCUGGAUGAAAUUAUUCUGAAAGUGCACCAAUAAUACUCUCCUGUUUUGUUUUUGUUAUAGUUGUUGCAUGGUCUCUUCUAUUCAAUUAAAUUUACAGUGUUUUUUUUUAAACUACACUACCUGACAAAAGUCGUGUUGCCUAUCCAAGUACCCAAUGUAUUAAUACAGACAUUUGGAAUGGCAAGGAAAGCGUUCUUGCAGGACUCCCUGCGAGAAAUGUGAGUUCAUCAAGAUUCUUUGAAUGCACCUUCAGUGCCUCCUCCUUCAUUCCUCCUCCAUCUUACUCUAGACAUGCUCAAUAAUGUUCAUGUCUGGUGAUUGAGCUGGCCAAUCCUGGAGCACCUUGGCCUUCUUUGCUUUUAGGAACUUUGAUGUGGAGGCUAAAGUAUGAGAAGAAGCACUAUCCUGCUGAAGAAUUUGCCCUCUCCUGUGGUUUGUAAUGUAAUGGGCAGCACAAAUGUCUUGACAUCUCAAGCUGUUGAUGUUGCCAUCCACUCUGCAGAUCUCUCACACGCCCCCAUACUGAAUGUAACCCCAAACCAUGAUUUUUCCUUCACCAAACUUGACUGAUUUCUGUGAGAAUCUUGGGUCCAUGCUGAUUCCAAUUGGUCGUCUGCAGUAUCUGUUAUGAUUGGGAUGCAGUUCAACAGAUGAUUCAUCAGAAAAAUCUACCUUCUGCCACUUUUCCAAAAAAUCAACUAGAGGUCAAGUUAUUAUUUGAUGCUCUUACAACUGGGAUCGACAACAAGACUUUUGUCAGGUAGGCUAUAUUAUUAUUGUUAUUAGGAAGCACGUUGGCUAAGUGGUUAGCACUGUCGCCUCACAGCAAUUAAGUUCACUGGUUCAAGUCUCGGCUGGACCAGUUGUCAUUUCUGUGUGGAGUUUGCAUGUUCUCCCCGUUGGUCUGGGUUUCCUCCGGGUGCCCCUGUUUCCCCUACAGUCCAAAGACAUGCGCUAUAGGUGAAUUGGGUAAACAAAAUUGGCCUUCGUGCAUAAGUGUGUGUGUGAAUGUGAGAGUGUAUGGGUGUUUCCCAGUAAUGGGUUGCAGCUGGAAGGGCAUCCGCUGCAUAAAACAUGUGCUGGAAUAGUUGGCGGUUCAUUCCACUGUGGCGACCCCUGAUAAAUAAAAGACUAAGCUGCAGGAAAAUGAAUGAACUAAUUAUUGUUAUUGUACUUGGAGUGAACAGGCACUUAGCAAAGCACCACAUGGCAAAACAAACAAAAAAAUCUGUUAAAACAUAUAUCAAAAGAUCUUUUCUGUUUUACGUGUCAUCUCAGUACUAUUAGCAUCACUAUUAUGCUCUGAUAAACCAUAUCCGGCGCUGAUUAUUAUGAUUUGAGUAAGUAUUUGUUGUGUUUGGAGAGUCUGCAGUGAUUGUGUCUGUUGCUAUAUUGAUGAAUGUAGUGUUUUGUAUGGACUAUGCUGGUAUAGUCUGUAAAUUGUAUCUGUGUACAACCACUAUUAAUCGCUGCGAAUUCAAAUGCAGAUGUUGUAUAUUGUCUUUUUAGAUGCAAAUUGAUAAUAUAUCAUGAAAUGAUGGUAUUUUGUAAAAAUGCAUACAUGUUGAGUGGACCCUUUUGUUAUGGGAAAUAAAUAUCUCUCAAAUCAA